AUGGGUGGCAGCCAAUCUGCCCAAGCUGGACAUCCGGGACCCGAGGACCCCCAGGGGCACAUCAGCACUCCGAAUGGGCCGAUUCCCAUGAGCGAGUUCAAGCGGCUCAAACACCUUCAUCGCCAAGAUCCAAGUCGAUACCCAGAUCCCAAAGUCAGCCUCGGGCUCCGUGACACAAGCUACAUCUCUGUGAAUGGUCACCUCCAAACAAGGCAGCGAGACCAGCAUGACCAGAAUGACCAGGCACCUGCCGGGAGUCUGCGCCCUGAGAACCUACAUGCUGCCGAGGGCGAGCUUCAAGAUGGCGCUUCGUGGUCGAGUUCGUGGCACUAUGGGCUCUUUGGACAGACUAGCAGAUUCGACGUCCACGACGCCAGCCAGCGUGGCCAGGGGAGCUCCUGA